AUGAAGUACACGGUUGUUUUAAUAGCAUCAUUGGCCGUGGUGGCCUUUGCCAGCGAGGAGAAAGGCACACAAAAGGCAGCUGCCGAUGAAAAGAAACAAGACAAACGAGGAGUUUACGACAUCGGAUCCUAUGGAGGCGGUUACCAGGAUGGUGGUCACGGUGGAUACAGCGGUGGAUACAGCGGUGGAUAUAGCGGUGGUGAUAGCGGCCAUGGCGGAUACAGCAGUGGAUUCAGCAGUGGUGAUAGCGGUAAUGGCGGAUACAGCUCUGGUUUAAGCGGUCACGGAGGUCUCAGCUCCGGACAAGGCAGCUACGAAAGCUACGGUAACUCUGGCGGUGAAUUCGGUGGAGUAUCCAGUGACUCUUGGAAGCCCAUCUCCAACGAUCAUGGCCAUCAUCACGUCAAAACCAUUGAAAUCAUCAAGAAAGUGCCAGUUCCAUACACUGUUGAAAAGCACGUACCUUACACCGUCGAAAAGAAAGUACCCUAUGAAGUGAAAGUACCCUAUCCCCAGCCCUACACUGUUGAAAAGAAAGUACCAGUCACCGUAAAGGAGUACGUCAAGUACCCCGUACAUGUCCCAGAACCUUACGUAGUUGAAAAGAAGGUGCCCUAUGAAGUCAAGGUCCAUGUCGACAAGCCUUAUGAAGUAAAGGUCAAGGUGCCAACUCCCUACACUGUCGAGAAGAAAGUACCUUAUGAAGUUAAAGUACCCUAUCCCCAGCCCUACACUGUUGAAAAGAAGGUUCCAGUCCCAGUGAAAUAUGAAGUUAAAGUACCCCAACCUUACGAAGUCAUCAAGAAGAUCCCCUAUGAAGUGAAGGUACCCGUCGACAAACCCUACCACGUAUACGUAGAUAAACCCUACCCUGUCCCCGUUGAAAAGCCAUACCCAGUAACAGUCCACAAGCCCGUGCCCUACGAAGUCAAGGUCCCCGUUGACAGGCCCUACAAAGUCGAAGUUGAGAAGCCUUACCCCGUUAAAGUGAAAGUGCCAGUACCUCAGCCUUAUGAUGUGUACAAGAAGAUCCCUUACACUGUUGAAAAGAAAGUGCCUUAUGAAGUCAAGGUACCCAUUGACAAGCCCUACCCCGUAUACAAAGAGGUCCAAGUACCUUUAGUCAAGGAGGUCCCAUACCCCGUAAAGGUUCAUGUUCCCAUCUACUUCAAGAAGGAACAGGAACAUCACGGCUGGCAU